AGAAAAUCCUGGGCGGGCAGUGUGGCGGUUCGGGUUCAAUGAUUGUGCUUCCACGUUUCACCGCUCGCGUCACGGUUUGCGUUUCGUUUUGCAAUCGAAAAGUCUGAUCUGUAAAAUCCGUUCGGUUAUAAGCUUUUGAACCACUGAUCGAAUUCCUCAAUUCAGUAUUGGUUUCUUAUCUUCUCCCUCUUCCCAAAUUUCUCAACCUACUUCCAAUUCCCCGACGGAAGAUGAGCUGGUGGUGGGCCGGAGCAAUUGGCGCUGCUAAGAAGAAAUUCGAAGAAGAUGAACCUCCGAGGAGCUUUGAGAGCGUCGCUUUGGUGAUCGGUGUUACUGGUAUCGUCGGGAAUAGCCUCGCCGAGAUUCUUCCUCUCGCCGACACGCCCGGCGGCCCCUGGAAGGUCUACGGCGUCGCUCGGAGGCCCAGGCCAAACUGGAACGCCGACCAUCCCAUCGAGUACAUCCAAUGCGACAUCUCCGAUCCGCAAGACGCAGAAGCCAAACUCUCGCAGCUCGCUGAUGUGACUCAUGUCUUCUAUGUCACCUGGACCAAUCGAUCCACCGAGAUCGAGAACUGCGAGGCCAACGGAAAAAUGCUCCGCAAUGUUUUGCGAUCAGUGAUUCCGAACGCAACGAAUCUCCGCCAUAUCUCCCUUCAAACCGGUGCGAAGCACUACAUUGGAUCGUUCGAGAGCAUCUCCGGUAAAUCGACGCAGCAGCACGAUCCCCCUUUCACAGAGGAUUUGCCUCGAUUGGAAUCCCCAAAUUUCUAUUACGCACUAGAAGAUAUACUGUUCGAAGAGGUAGAGGAGAGGAAGAAUCUGACAUGGGCGGUGAUCCGACCCAACACUAUCUUCGGAUUUUCCCCUUUCAGCUUGAUGAACAUCGUCGGAACCCUAUGCGUCUACGCCGCCAUAUGCAAGCACGAGGGACGCCCGUUGAAAUUCCCCGGCAACAGAGCGGAUUGGGAGGGUUUCAGGGUGGCGUCCGACGCAGAUCUGAUAGCGGAGCAGCAUAUAUGGACGGCGGUGGAUCCGUACGCGAAGAACGAGGCGUUCAACUGCAACAACGGCGACGUUUUCAAGUGGAAGCAUUUCUGGAAGGUGCUGGCAGAGCAGUUUAACAUCGAGGAUUAUGGGUUCGAAGAAGAGGAUGAGAGAUUGUCGUUGGAGAAGACGAUGAAGGAGAAAGGUUCAGUGUGGGAAGAAAUUGUUAAGGAGAAUCAGCUGCAGCAAACCAAAGUGGAGGAGGUGGGUACUUGGUGGUUUGCAGAUUUUACUUUGAGCGGCUCAGGCAUGAUAGAUAGUAUGAACAAGAGCAAGGAGCAUGGGUUCUUGGGAUUCAGGAACUCCAAGAAUUCAUUCAUUUCUUGGAUUGACAAGUUUAAAGCUUACAAGAUCGUGCCAUGAACAUGAUCGGCGACUAUUCUUUCUCAGCGUUCAAAAUGUGAAAUCUUCUUCUUUGAUUUAAUCCUUCCAUCUGUUUSCUCUUCAUUGGUGCUUCCCUGUUACUCCAACCUCUUUCGUUGGUUUCUCCAUUGCUUUUGCAAUAAGAUUGAGCAUAGAAAAUGUUGGUUUAAUUACACUUCUACUACUAGAGUAGCUUU